GUUCAGUUCAUGAUGAAUAAUGACCACACAUUUGGACAGCUGAGCAAUUUUUUGGACUCAAGUGAGGAGCUGUUUAUUGGGUGAGGCGUUCGCUAGCAGGGGCUGAUGGGUCCUGCCAUCAGAGCGCCACCGUCCUGUGUGUGCGAGGGCAGCAGUGGGCGUGAGUGGGAGACUGAAUCAAAGGUGUUCGGUUAGAUUACCGUCAUUCCGGUGAAGAGGAGCUUAGUGCCUGAAACCUCUUGUCUAUCUUGUUGAAGACCAGCAGUAUUCCCCCUGGUCACCAUCCCGAGAUUUCAAUGAGGAUAGUAGCCUCGCUCCACCCAGGAACAUGAAGGGCUUAUCAGGUGGUCGUGCACCGCACCACAUUCCCACACUGCCCCCGUGUGGACUGGCGGAGUGCGAGCAUCUCCAUGACCUGCAUGGCAUGCAUGUGUCCGAUCUGCGCCACUCCUACCUGCUCAGCCCCACGGAGACCUGCGCCAUGGACUUCCAUCACCGUCUUUCCCCCCGCAGCUCCAUUCACUCCGACUGCAUGAUCAUGUCACCCGUGGCGCUAACUUCCACUGUCCCCGCCGACUACGUCUCCAGCAGCACCUUUCCCAGAAUGCACUACACUUCGCAGUACUACGACCCAGCUGCCCGGGAAGACUGUGCAGCCAUCACCACCUCAGCCACAUCUGCCGCCGUCGCUGCUGCAACAUCUGCCUCUCACCACGUCAGCAGCAAGAGCAACCGCAUCCCCGCAAACCUGCUGGACCAGUUCGAAAAACAGAUUCCGCUUCAUCGUGACGGCUUCCACACACUCCAGUACCAACGCACAUCUGCCGCCACUGGUGGGGAGCAACGCAGCGAGAGCCCCGGUCGCAUUCGACACCUGGUACACUCCGUCCAGAAGCUCUUCACCAAGUCCCACUCACUGGAGGGAUCGUCCAAGAUGAAUGGCACCAAAGGUGACAGUGGAGGUGGGGGAAGCCAUCACCAUCACCACGGCAAUCAUCACUCAUCCAAGCAUGGUAGCAAGCGCAGUAAAAGCAAGGAGCGCAGGCACCGGUCGGGGACGGGGGGCUGGUGGAGCUCGGAUGACAACCUAGACAGCGACAGCACCUACCGCACAGCCAGCGCCUUGAGCCGCCACCGUCAUGAGCACGUCGGCCACAGUUUCCCAGAAUCCAUGCACAGUCACUUUGGAGACCACUCUCUCAAAACCUCCAAAAGCAACAAUGACGUCAAGUGUUCGGCCUGUGAGGGCCUGUCCAUGGCACCUGAGGGGAAGUUCAUGAAGAGGAGUUCCUGGUCAACGCUCACCGUCAGCCAGGCCAAAGAGGCCUACCGAAAGUCCUCCCUAAACCUAGAGAAGACCAUGAUGCAUCAGGACCUUAAACCAUCAUUCCGGUCCUCACACUACCUACAGGUGCCUCAGGACGAGUGGGGGGGUUAUCCAGGGAUUGAGAAGGACGAGGAGAUCCCGUGCCGCCGGAUGCGUAGCAGUAGUUACGUCAAAGCCAUGGGAGACGAUGAUAGUGGUGAGUCUGAUACCAGCCCCAAGACGUCGCCUCAGAAGACUGUGCGGUCCGAUGCCCUUGUCCUUAAAUCAGCCAUGCAGAGGCCACAUAUAGACACCCAAAGCUCUGGCUACCACUUGCAAACAACGAGAGAUAUGCGCCCUCACCCCAGCGUGUCUCUGGACCCAGCAACCAACUUCAACCCUCCACAGUUUCGCUCCAGAAACCAGAGCUACAUGCGUGCAGUCAGUACCUUCAGUCAGGCAAGCUGUGUCAGCCAGGUGAGUGAGACUGAGGUCAAUGGCCAGUUUGAGUCAGUUUGCGAGUCCGUUUUUAGCGAAGUAGAAUCCCAGGCCGUGGAGGCCUUGGACCUGCCCGGCUCUUUCCGCACUCGAAGCCACAGUUACCUGCGUGCAAUUCAGGCUGGGUAUUCCCAAGAUGACGACUGCUUGCCUUCAAUGACAUCUUCUACUGUCACUUCAACUCUCAGAUCCACAACAGGGGCCCGUAGCUUAGCUGGGGGGCGUAGAAUGUACGGGAUCCAGUUUCGUCUCCCUACUGCCUGUAGUGUGGAUCGAACAGAAACCCCCACUCCAGCGGUAGUGACAUAUACACCUGACUACAAGAAGACCCCUCCACCUGUUCCUCCUCGUUCCACCACUAAGCCGCUGAUUUCUGUAACAGCCCAGAGCAGCACAGAGUCGACGCAGGACGCGUACCAUGAGGGUCGGCCGUCACGGGUAGGGCUUUGGGCACCGGAUAGCCUCGGCCGGGUUAUCUACAACUCUACUGACAGCCUGGAUAGUGCAAAGGCGGUGACCCUAGCAAUGGAAACCGCAUCCAAGCGCCUCGCUUCUGCGGGGAGCUACAGCUCCGUUCAGACCUGCGAUAAGGCCAUCCUGGUGUCCAAAGCAGAGGAAUACCUCAAGACUCCACGCUCUUCCAUCGGGAUACAGGUGGAAGCGGCCACAGAUUCUGAGACAGAUAGUAAAGGUCUCCCACAGUAUCACUCCGUGGGUAUCCAGGUGGAGGACGAGAAGAGACUUGGCCGCUUUAAACGGUCCAACAGUGUGACGACGGCAGUUCAGGCCGAUUUGGAGCUGGAGGGCUUUCCUUCGACCGAAGACAAGAGUCUGCAGUUUGGAGGAUUUCAGCGGCAUUCUGAACCCAGUACGCCCACACAGUACAACGUGGUUCGGACCGUACGCACACAGGGCCUAUUUAGCUACCGUGAGGAUUACCGGCCCUCCAGCGGGCCGCCCAGUCCACAACCCGAACCCUGGCUGGUGGAGCCCACUCAUGAAGCAGCCGAGUCCGGCCGUGUGUCACCACUCCGCCGCGAUGGCAGCUGGUUCAUGCAGCUUCUGCACAGCGAGACCAAAAGGUUGGAGGGAUGGUGCAAAGACAUGGAACGUGAGGCGGAGGAGCACGACCUGUCAGAGGAGAUUCUUGGGAAGAUCCGGAGUGCUGUGGGCAGUGCUCACCUCCUCAUGUCCCAGAAAUUCCAGCAAUUUUACUGGUUGUGUCAGCAAAAUCUGGACCCAAGUGCUAUGCCCCGCCCCACGGCUCAGGACCUGGCUGGGUUCUGGGAUCUCCUGCAGCUCUCCAUCGAUGAUGUCACUGCCAAGUUUGAUGAGCUGCAGCAAAUCAAGAGUAAUGAGUGGAGGAUAGUGGAGAGUCCAGAGAAGAAGGAAAGAAAAUGGCCGCCUCCUGUUACAAAGAGGCCUCCUAAAGGUCGUGGAGCUGUCAUGCGUGAGCGAUCCCUGGAUCUGCAGGACCGACAGAGGCAAGAGGCCCGCCGCAGGCUCCUGGCUGCAAAACGGGCUGCUUCUUUCCGACAGAGCUCAGUUACAGAGCGGGCCGACAGCAUAGAGAUCUACAUCCCUGAAGCCCAAACCCGUUUAUGAAACACACAUAUACUAUGCCUCACCAGUGCGCUUCACCAACAGGGUACAUCCAUUCUGCUCCAUGUCACCGCUGCACCCGUUCACAUUCUUACACCUGUUACAAGUAUUCUUCCUCCGCUCAUCAUCUACUCUGAGCUGAGAAUAGUGGUGAGUUUAUAUAUGCCUCAAACAGAGCUCAAUGCAAAGAGGUCAUGGCAGUCUAUGCACUCCAAGACCUGCAGCUACUGCAACCCAGUUUGUAUAUCAGUUUUAGUACAUUCAGAGGCCAAAACUAAGGCUUUGUUCACACUGCACACAAAUCCGAUUUGGUUUUCAUAUCCCAUUUUUAGGACACAGUUAGGAGGCAGUUGCAAUAGUAGUGAUACAAGCAUCAGCAUGAUGCAAAGAGGACAGUUAUCUUGACAUCUUGACAUGGUGCUGAACUCAAGAGUGAUUAGCUGAUAUUAGCAAUUCUUAUUAACAUUCAUGCAUAUGCUGACCGAAAUCACUUACUCACUAUUAAUGACAUGAUUGUUAUGGAGCCAAAGGGACAUACUGAUGGAAAUUAUAUUUCAAUGCUUUUAAGUUCUCUUGCCAAAAUGUCUCUUGCAAAAAAUUUUGCUGCCUUGGGGACUUUGCAUUUUCUCACAAAACUGUUGUGUGCUCUUAGAAAAUGUUUGCGUUCCCCUGAGAAAAUCUGCGUUCGCUCGCAAAACGUUUGCAUUUCCCUGAGGAGCUUUGCAUUCUCUCACAAAACAUUUGCGUUUUCUCACAGAACGUUUGCAUUCCCCUGAGAAGCUUUGCGUUCUCUCAAAAAAACUUUUACGUUUCUCUAAAAAUAAUUUUUUCGUGCAAAACGUUUGUGCUUCUCGGAAAACUUUUGCUUUCACCUAAGAAAUGUUGCUUUCUUUCACUAAACGUUUGUAUUCUUUUACAAAACAUUCAAAAAAAGUUUGCACAAAAAAAUUAGCAUUCUCUCACAAAACUUUUGUGUUCCCGAGAAACUUUGCAUUUUCUCCAAAAAACGUUUACUUUGUUUUCUUGCAAAACAUUUGUUUCUAACAAAAUGUUUGCGUUUCCCUAAGAAAUGUUGCUUUCUCUCACUAAACGUUUGUAUUCUCUUACAAAACAUUCAUAAAGCAUUUGCACAAAAAAUGUUGCAUUCUCUCACAAAACUUUUGCGUUUUCUCCUCAAAACUUUACAUUGCGUUUUUCUUACAAAAUGUUUACACUCCCCCAAGUAAUGUCGCUUUCUUGCACAAAACUUUUUGCAUUCCCCUGAGAAUUUUUUUCAGUUCACUCGCAAAAUAUUUGUGUUGAUAUGAGGUGGCUAUAUUUCAAAGCUUUUUGCAGGCAAACAUUUCUGGAGGGAACGCAAUACUUUAUUUUGAUAAGAAAUAUUUUUAUUUCCAUGUCCCUUUAGUGCUCCAGUGAAAGUAAAAUAAAGAGAGACAUACAGUAUGCGAUACUUCUGGAAUGACGAAAAAGUACUUUCUGUAAUCUGUAAUGUAAUCUGACUGUUCAGACGCAUUCUAAAAGAUUUUCAGCUGACCACACAUGGAUUUAGUUUGGAAACAUCGGAUUCCAAAAAAAAUAAAGAAAUAAAUAAAAUAAAUCGGAAUUUUGCUGCCUGUCUGAACAAAGCCCAAGUCUAGCCCUCAGCAUAGGCACAGUUAACACUACUUUCAGAAAAUGUAUUCUAUAGCACUGGCACAAAACUUAUAUCACAGCAUAGUCACUUCAUCCACGGCAUCGGUCCCACACACAGAAAAAUAAAAUGGCUCUAUACUUGACUUAGUAUGGAGUUUAGAUUUAAAUAAGCGAAUUUAAGAUCGCAAUUUCUUUAAGAUUGCAAAGUCUUUACUGCUUAAAAGGUUGUACAAACAGUUCAACUUCUUAAAUGAUCCACAUUUGUAUUUCCAACGGAAAUGUUGAUCUUGAUCCUUGUGAUAUUGUCGCAGUUGGGGAUUUGCAUGAAGGUUUUGCUUCUAGACUUCAAAUUAGUUUUAGCUUCAGGGUUGACAGAGAUUAAAUCUAGUUCUGGACUUAACUGCACUGUCAAAGAAAGUUUUAAAAAGCAUUUUAUUCAAUUGCUAAGGUUUAAAGUUCAUUCAGCCCAAAAAGGCCUCGAUAUCAUUCAGUCAUAGCUUGACUUUCAUUGACUGACCGCCGGUUUUACACAAAAACAUUUACAGAGAAGUAUUUAUAACACCAAUCUUCCUCAAUGUUCACCACUCAAGGUAGUCUGUGACAUAUAAAGGUGCAAAAGAAACUUUAAUAAUAUUACUGUAAAUGGUGCUGCUUUAUACUCUAAAAUGUAGAAGCCCCCCUCCUCUCCUUUCUGCACAGCACUAUAAACCACCUGUGGACUUUUUAAAGGGAGGUUUAACACGGUGUCUCAAUGCAUCUCGGAUUAUCAUAUUUACGGUCACUGGUUUGUUGAAAAGAAAUUCAUGUAUUUUAGGUUAGACAGUUAUGCUUUUUGUAUAUCACAGUUUUUUGGUCCAGCAUUUGCACAACAAUGUGCCCAUCUGCCUUGUCACUUUUGAGAACAGAAACCCGGGUGUGCAAUAGGGGUCUCUAUGAUGAAUUAAUGAAUUCAAAUACCAUAUUUUAAGUUGGGUGGCAACAACUCAGAUUUUUAUUUUUAAUUUGGCUUUAGGUUCUUUAUUACCUUGAUUGUGGACUAAAUAAUAACCAACAGCAGCAUUAGAUUCAGUACCUUAUAUUUGUAAAUACAACAGCUAUUUAACAGCAGUUAUGAUUUAUUUUUACUGGCACAAUGACGAAUUUUAACUGUCCACAACUGUGAUUCUGGGAUUUUUCCCUUUGGUUCCAGGCCUAACUAUCCAGAGAUGGCGGUACUGUCUAUGCUCUUAGCAUAACUGCUGCUUAAAUUCAUAAGACGUUAGAAAGCAGCAUAUAAAUCCCUGACUUUUUAGCUAUUUACUUUACCUGGCAGCCUUACAGCAUCUUAAGCAAAAAGCAUUGUGAAUGUACUGCCCUGCUCUUGCAAAAAAAAAAAAAAAAAAAAGGAAAAACUAAAAA